GGCAGAGAGCAAGUGACUGAGCAAGAGAGUGAGAGGGUGUUUGUGAGUGUGGGAGAGAAAAAGAGAGAGAGAAACAGUAGUGAUGAUCGACGCCAGGCUGCCACCACUCUGUAGCAGUGAGUGGCUGCAACAAAAAGCACAGAAUAACAUCCCUGACUCCCUGCUCUGCUUUUUUCUCUCUCCCUGCGUCUCAGCUAGCAGACGAGGGCUCCGCUCACAGCUCUGCAGAGGCUAUGCCGAGACUGAGCCGGCGUCGGAAGCAGGAUCUCUGGCUGCCAUCAACAAGUUAGGGUUGGAGGACCACAACCAUGAAAGAGGAACGCUUGAUCUUCAAUUAACCAUCUGAGCUGACAUCAUUGCGGUGGAAGGGAAACAAAAGGGCAAAAAAAAGAAAAAGAAAAAAAGGAGAGGAGGGGGGGGUCUGUUCACCGGAGUCGGUCUGGAUGCAACUGAUCAACUUAAAAAAAAUAUAUAAAUAUUUAUUUCAAGGAUUCGUGGGAUGAAGGAAAAGAUUCAACCCUUUCUUUGAGCUUGGAUUUUAAAAGGACUAAACAAAAUAACCGGAAUAAACAUCAUCUUGGGACAUGGAAUUUCAUAUUUUGUUUCAAUUGGGUGGGCUCAGAAUUGCUUUACUUCCAAAGAGGCUGAUUCCUUUUGUGCUUACUCAAAAGGGUUUUUUCCCUUUGGAUUUUUCUUCCAUCUGGUUGCUCCAAGAGUCUGCGGAAAAGGACAGUUGAAUGCAGCCUCCGAUGUGCACAAAAGAAUGGGUUUCCAUUCAAGGUGGCCAUUGGUGGGACCUGCACCAGCGGCUCUGUGUCUGUGUGUGAUCAGCAUGCUUCUAGUGUGCCUGCUGCCUCCUGCAUCGUGCACGACCUGCCCUCAAAAAUGCCGCUGUGAGGACCUGCAGUUCUACUGCGACACCCAAGGGCUUCAGGCACCCCCAGAUGGUGUGGACAAGGGGGCCCUGGGGUUGUCAUUACGCCACAACAGCAUCACUGAGCUCAGCCCUGACCAAUUCUACGGCUUCAGCCAGCUCACCUGGCUGCAUCUAGACCACAACCAGAUUACAACAGUACAAGAGGAUGCCUUUCAAGGGCUCUACAAGCUGAAGGACCUCAAUCUGAGCUCCAAUCGUAUCACCAAGUUGCCCAACACAACCUUCAUCCACCUCAUCAAUCUCCAGAUACUGGACCUGUCCUUCAAUCAGAUGACUGCAUUGGAACCAGAACUGUUUCAUGGACUGAGGAAGCUCCAGAUACUCCACCUCCGCUCCAAUUUACUUCGCACCACACCUGUUCGGGCAUUCUGGGACUGUCGCAGCCUGGAAUAUCUGGGCCUGAGCAGCAACCGUCUACGGAGUCUGGCCCGGAAUGGAUUUGCUGGGCUCAUUAAGCUUAAAGAGCUCCACUUGGAGCACAAUCAGCUGACCAAGAUCAACUUGGCCCAUUUCCCUCGCCUUGUUGCCCUCCAGUUUCUUUAUCUGCAGUGGAAUAAAAUCAGCAACUUAACAUGUGGCAUGGAGUGGACCUGGACCACUUUAGAGAAACUGGACCUCACAGGAAAUGAAAUUCGUGUCCUGACAUCUGACGUGUUUCAAACGCUGCCAAAUUUAAAGAUUUUGCUGCUGGAUAACAACAAACUAAGCAGUCUGGAUGCCCAAGUCAUGGAUAUGUGGCAGUCACUGGGUACCAUUGGGCUGUCUAGCAACCUGUGGGAAUGUACCAAAAGGAUUUGCUCUCUGGCCACUUGGCUAAGCACCUUUAAGGGAAGGUGGGAACACUCCAUUCUCUGCCAUAGUCCUGAAUAUGCCCAAGGUGAGGAGAUACUUGAUGCUGUUUAUGGAUUCCAGCUUUGCCAGAAUUUUUCAGCGCCGGUUGUUCAAACUAUUAGUACAACCACAGACGCUACUAUAGCUGCAGAGAUCACAAGCUCCUUGUUUGGAAUUAUGCAGCCGACCCCUACGCAGGACUAUGCAGAGGAUUUUGGGAGCUUUACCACAGUCACUACCACAACAACCACAACAACACCACGCACUGCUCAAGCAACUACCGCUACAUUUGAAGAGGCAGCUGUAACGGAGGACUUCUCUGCAAUGGACAACACUGUUAUGACUCAUAGGGUUAUCAUUGGAACUAUGGCCCUUCUAUUUUCAUUCUUUUUCAUCAUUUUCGUUGUGUAUAUCUCACGGAAGUGCUGCCCUCCCACCCUGCGUCGGAUACGCCACUGUUCGGCUAUUCAGAACCGCAGACAGAUGAGGACCCAGCAGCGGCAGCCUAUGGCAGAUCUAGCUACACAGGUACCCUAUAAUGAGUAUGAGCCCAGCCAUGAAGAGGGGGCACUCGUGAUCAUAAACGGCUAUGGGCAGUGCAAGUGUCAGCAACUGCCUUACAAAGAGUGUGAAGUAUGAACUCUUAUUUAUUCCUAGAGCAUAUGGUUUGCCAUUUGACCAUUUCAGAUGAUACAGGGUUUGCUUUUUUUAUUUUUUUUCCAGUUUAUGUAAAAAGCAUAAUUUCUACAAGUGAGAUUUGAGAAUAUGUGCGAAAUGUUGAAUGCUACAAUGACAGAGGUUGGACAUGACAGUUUAGGGAUGAUGUAGAGAUAGUCACAAAUUUAUUUUUCUAUGAAUGCAAGGUUGUUCAUAUCAGGCAGGGGCAAUCAUUUUAAACAAGAAAAUUGUAAACUGUGAGAUUUGUCUCCACAUUGUCUCUAUAUUCUGCAGCACAGAGAAAAUACUUAGCCAAAUGGCCCUCUGCUAACAGAAUACAUUAAGUGGAGAAAUGUGAUUUAUGUCUUAUUUCUUUUAAAAAGUAAAUAUUUGAAAUCAUGUUUCUAACUGCACCACAGGCAUUGUAAGCCAAUCACUCAAUCACUGGGGUAAAUUAAUUGGAUACAUUUAUCAGAUUGUCUUUGUUUUAUAGUCUCAUUGUUUUAAGAGAGCUAUAAUAUACAUAAAAGGCCUCUAAGACCAAAAUCUAAUU